AUGUUCCGAACAGCACUCCUCAGGUCCGCCCGGUCCGCCGUCCGCGCUGCCCCACGAUGCCAGGCCGCAAUGGCUCGCCCCGUUGCGCGAAGCUCCUUCGUCCAGCCAAAGCAAAUGAACCCCUCCGUAUACUUCCAGGCCGUACGAUGCUACGCCGCGAGCGCCGGUCUGUCAAAAGAUGAGGUCACCGGCAGGAUAAUGGACCUUUUGAAGAACUUCGACAAGGUCACCGAUGCCUCCAAGCUGAACGCCGAAUCGCACUUCCACAACGACCUCGGUCUCGACAGUCUGGAUACCGUAGAGGUGGUCAUGGCGAUUGAGGAGGAAUUCAGCAUUGAGAUCCCCGACAAGGAGGCCGAUGCCAUCCACAGCGUCAAGCAAGCAGUGGACUACAUCAUGGCCCAGCCCGAUGCUCACUAG